CUACAAUACACACGACAGCGCUCAGCUCUCCAGCUCUUCUGUCGCUUUCAGCUUUCAGGAACUUAACAGAACUUUUCUGCUGUGUUUAGUUUUAAAUGUCAACUUUUCUGAAUUCAGGUCUGUUGUUAUUUGAAGAAAAUGGGAAAUGUUGAGACUUUUAUUUUCAUCUGUUUGUGCUCAUGGAGUCUGGCCGGUGUGUUUGGUGAUGAAGUGAAGUUCGUGUCAGUGAUGGAGGGAGAUUCUGUCACUCUGAACAUUAAUAAUACUAAUAUACAGAAAGAUGAUCAGAUCAUAUGGAGAUUUGGACACAUUCUGAUCGCUCAAAUCAACAGAAAAAUCAAUAAGAUCAGUGUUUAUAAUGAUAUUGCUGAUGGGAGAUUCAGAGACAGACUGAAGCUGGAUCAGACUGGAUCUCUGAUCAUCACAAACACCAGAACCACAGACACUGGACUUUAUAACUUAAGCAGCAGCAAAACAGAGACACUGUUCCACAUCUUCAUUCUCUCUGUCUACGCUCGUUUGCCUGCUCCUGUCAUCACCAGAGACUCUUCACAAUGUUCUUCAUCAUCAUCGUCAUCAUCAUCAUCCUCCUCCUCAUCAUCAUCUUCAUCAUAUUGUUCACUGCUGUGUUCAGCUGUGAAUGUGAGUGCUGUGACUCUCUCCUGGUACAAAGGAAACAGUUUAUUGUCCAGCAUCAGUGUGUCUGAUCUCAGGAUCAGUCUCUCUCUUCCUCUGGCGGUGGGAUAUCAGGAUAAAAACAGCUACAGCUGUGUGAUCAACAAUCCUGUCAGAAACCACACCACACAUCUCAACAUCACUGAACUCUGUCAGACAUGUCCAGUCUGUAUCCUCUGCUGUGGUUCUACUGAAGCUGCAAUCCGAUUGGCUCUCUCUGCUCUGGUGGGCGUGGCUGCUGUUGCUGUGUUGAUUUAUGACAUCAGUUCCAGGAGUCUUCAACAGAAGAGAAGAAAGAAGACAACACCAUCUGAUUAAUCAGAUACUCAGGAGACUGGAGAUGUUCUUGAACAAGUGGAGACAUUACAUAUUAUAAUCUACAUUAAUGAGCUAAUUAGUAUUUGUUUCACUUCAGUUGUAUUUGUAGCACUUUUCAAAAUUAAUUUUUUUUCUAAAGUAGCUUUCCAAAGAGUAGUGCCUUACAAUCAGUCAGACUGUCAAUAAUAUUUGUAUGAGAGUAUUUCUUGUUAGUUUUUUUGUAAAAUAAGUUGCAAGA